CAAGGAGCGAGUCCCGGGGAGUCGUUUUAUGCAAAUGAGCCAAGUCUUCUAGCUUUUCAUCUCACUUGCCUAUUUAUACGGCAUUUUUUUCAUUAUUAAUUUCACCUUCAUAAUCUAACUCUCCAAACGCAAACCCAUCUCUCAAACAACGAGAGGGGAAAUAGAGAAUUAAUGGAAGAGGACAAUAAUGGAAAUGGGUCUCAUGGGCCCGGUGGAGGCAGCCCAGAAAGCCCUUGUGUAAAAAGCACAGGUAGCAUCAACAAUAACGGCAACAAUCAUCACCACCACACCAACAAAGAACAAGACAGGUUUCUUCCCAUUGCAAACGUUGGUCGGAUAAUGAAAAAAGUGAUUCCUGGAAAUGGGAAAAUCUCGAAAGAUGCAAAAGAAACCGUGCAAGAGUGUGUUUCUGAGUUCAUAAGUUUCGUCACUGGUGAAGCAUCAGAUAAAUGUCAACGAGAAAAACGAAAAACUAUCAAUGGUGAUGACAUUAUAUGGGCAAUCACCACCCUAGGGUUUGAGAAUUACGUCGGUCCAUUAAAACUAUAUCUAAGCAAAUACCGAGAGAUUGAAGGUGAUAAACUUAAUGCUCCCAAGCAACAAAGAUCGGAUCAAAGAUCAGUACCUCAGAAUCACCAACAACAUGAACAAGAAGAUCAAAAUGUACCUUAUGCAAGUGUAUACUCCUCCACACCCCUAAUGUGUCAACCACCAUUUGUGCCAACUGAUCAAUCUCUUUCCUUACCAUUCUCCCCAACUUCCAUUCAGAAACAGUUGCAGCCACAAGACCAGAUUGAUUCUAUGGGGCACUGGUGAGAAACAAGAGAAAGAGAACAUUUUUCCCGUUUUUAAUUUUAUUAUAAUGUUACUGAAUACAUAUAUAAAUAUGAUACAUAAUUGAAUAUAAAAAAUUGGAAUGUAAGAGUAUACUUAUUUCGAACAAUUUGGUUGCUUAAUCUUUACAAUAAUUAGAUUAGAAUUAAUACAUUUAUGUAUAAAUAUAGCUAGGCUAUGUACCUGUUAGAGAUAUCAAUAAUCUUAAGUGUUCUCAACUUUGUAUUAUUAGAAUUAAAUUUCCUUUUAUAGUUAGCAUUGCCUUGGAAUUAUU